ACGGAGGAUUUCCUCUUACUUCCAGGUCGCGAUCACUCCAAUUCAACUCUAACUCUGAUUUUCCACUUUCUACUAUACAGCCUUGACUGAGAAGUUCGAAUCUUACUGAUGGAAGAACCACAGGGCGAGAAAUCCAGUCAACCGCAAGAUGAUUGGGUACGGUUUAUUAGCUCGGACGGGUAUAGCUUUCUCGUCAAGCGCAAGGUAGCACUUGCGAGCCCUACCUUGCGCGGUAUGCUCGAUGUCAGCAGUACGUAAUUUCGCUGAGGCGGCCAUGAAUACUUGUAGACUGGAAGAAAGAGGCAUUGUAGUUGAGAAACUACUGGAGUACCUUGCGUAUAAAUCUACAUUUGAGAGCGCCCCGAAGAAAGAAGAUAUCCCAGACUUCAUGGAGCGUAUUGCCCCUGAGAUAGCACUGGAACUUUUGAUGGCAGCCGAUUAUUACGACUCUUGAUCCACGCGGUGUCCUUCAAGCUUGAGGUACCAGCCACAUCGGGUAUAUCUUGCAACCGUCUCUAUGAGGCAUGGUUGCAGAGUUGUUCCUGCCCCGGCAAUCUAUGCAUGGAUUAUCAUUACCACCCGUGGUGUUUCCCGGCUCAUUUCUGCAAUGACUGUCAUGCUCUAUGAUUGCAGAAAAAAUAUGAGCGUUUCCGAUAAGGAACAUGCCGUAAUGUCCUUGGUUUCCUGUUGACACCUGUGUAGUAUUUGGUACCCUUGGGUCUCGUUCGUUGGUCUCACGACCUCAUACUCUAGUGUACAUGUGCGACGUUGUACCUUCGUCACAUAAGCAAUAGAUAAUCCCAUCUUGUGAAAGGC